UAGUUUUAGCCUUUUAGGUCGAAUUCAAUUUUAGAGUGAGAGAGUUAACACCACAAGACACAAACGUUAUUCCCACAAAUUUCAAACAUAAAACCAUUUCCUCAACCAAACAAAAACCAAUCUUUGUUCCAUUCAUGCCAUGCCAAAAUGUUCAAAAUUUCCCACAAAUCUUCUCAAACACUCACUUCCCCUAAAACCCUUCUCUCAAACCCAAACCCAAACCCUUCUCUCUUUCUCUUCCUCAAACCAUCCUUAUCCUCCUCCAGUUUCACCCCAAAUCUUCAAAUCAACAACAACCACUUCCCACAAAUGGGGUUCUUACAAAUUAGGCGAUUUAUCUUUCUAUUCCCUCAUCGAAAACUUCGCUUCUUCUUUCGAUUUCGAUUCCUUGGAACAUCUUCUUAAUCGAAUGAAGCGCGAAAAUCGAGUCUUUAUUGAGAAAAACUUCAUUGUUAUUUUCAAAGCUUAUGGGAAAGCACAUUUACCUGAAAAAGCUUUGGACUUGUUUCAUAGAAUGGAUGUUGAGUUUCACUGUAAGCAAACUGUUAAAUCUUUCAAUUCUGUUCUUAAUGUUGUUAUUCAAGAAGGUAAUUUUAAUCUUGCUUUGGAUUUUUAUUCUAAUGUUGUUGAUUCCAAGAAUUUUAAUCAUGUUCAUCCUAAUGGACUUAGUUUUAAUUUGUUGAUUAAGGCUUUGUGUAGACUUGGUUUGGUUGAUCAAGCUGUUGAGGUUUUUAGAGGGAUUAGUCUUAGGAAUUGUGUUCCUGAUAAUUAUACAUAUUCGACGUUGAUGCAUGGUUUGUGUAAUGUGGGUAGGAUUGAUGAGGCGGUUUCGUUGUUAGAUGAGAUGCAGGUUGAAGGUAUAUUCCCGAACCCUGUUUCGUUUAAUGUUUUGAUAAGUGCGUUGUGUAAGAAAGGUGAUUUGGCGCGUGCAUCCAAGCUAGUCGAUAAUAUGUUUCUGAAGGGUUGUGUUCCGAAUGAAGUAACGUAUAAUUCGCUAGUUCAUGGUUUGUGUCUUAAGGGUAAGUUGGAUAAGGCGAUGAGUUUAUUGAAUCGAAUGGUGUCGAAUAAAUGUGUUCCUAAUGAUGUUACUUUUGGGACACUCAUUGAUGGAUUUGUUAAGAAUGGUAGGGCUUUGGAUGGGGUGCGCGUGUUGGUUUCGUUGGAAGAGAAGGGUCAUCGUGGGAAUGAGUUUAUUUACUCGUCUCUUAUUAGUGGAUUGUUCAAGGAGGGGAAAUACGAGCAGGGGAUGCAGUUAUGGAAGGAAAUGGUUGAAAAAGGAUGUGAACCGAAUACUAUAGUGUAUUCUGCUCUUAUCGACGGUCUUUGUCGAGAAGGUAAGACAGAUGAAGCAAAGGAAUACCUAUUAGAGAUGAAGAAGAAAGGCCACCUUCCAAAUACUUUCACUUAUAGCUCCUUGAUGUGGGGUUAUUUUGAAGCAGGUGAUAGUCAUAAAGCUAUUCUUAUUUGGAAAGAGAUGACGGAUAAUAAUUGUAAUCAUCACGAGGUUUGUUACAGUAUACUUAUUAAUGGAUUGUGCAAGAAUGGGAAGCUUACGGAGGCGUUAAUGGUGUGGAAGCAAAUGUUGAGUAGAGGAAUCAAAUUAGAUGUUGUGGCUUAUAGUUCAAUGAUUCAUGGCUUUUGUAAUGCUCAGUUAGUAGACCAAGGGAUGAAACUUUUCCAUCAGAUGCUUUGUCACGAGCCGAAGUUACAACCCGAUGUGGUUACAUACAACAUACUUCUAAACGCUUUUUGCACGAUGAAUAGUGUAUCCCGCGCUAUUGAUAUUCUAAAUACUAUGUUAGAUCAAGGUUGUGAUCCUGAUUUUAUUACUUGCGAUAUUUUCUUAAAAACUUUACGAGACAAUAUGGAUCCACCUCAAGAUGGGAGGGAGUUUCUUGACGAGCUUGUAGUCCGAUUAAUUAAGCGACAGAGAACUGUUGGUGCUUCCAAUAUUAUAGAAGUGAUGCUUAAGAAAUUUUUGCUGCCUAAACCUUCUACUUGGGCCUUAGCUGUUCAACAGAUCUGUAAACCUCUGAAAGUUCGAAAAACCAUCGGUGAAUGUUGGAGCAGGUUGUGUUGCUGAUAUCCUGUAAAAUAUGUUAUUCAACUACAACUUCUCGAAGCUAAGGAACUCCGGAUACAGGGAUUUAUUGGUCCAGAUCCUCAAACGUAAGACCUCAAACUUUCAAAGGUUGUAUACAAUGAUAUGCGUUGGAUACUCCUAAAACUAAAAGGAUUAAGUGUUCAAUAUCCAAAUCAACUUUGAUUUAUAAGAGUUGAUUUUAACAGCGCUCAGUCAUCGUAAUUGGUUGGAUAUGCACACUAUCAGAAAUUGGCCAGUAAACAAUUUCAUACAAUUUGCAAGUAUUCUGCAGAUUGCAUUUUGCCUGGAAAAUGAAAGUCAAUGAUGACGAUCGAGUGUGCAGGAUCGCUAAGUCAAUGAUGACGAUCCAGUGUGCAGGAUCGCUACCGGGUGCAAAGUGCAAACAUACGGAAGUGCAAAGGAAAAAAAAUACCAAUGUCAGUCAUCUUCUGAUUAUAUGUCUCACAGAUCCAGAAAAACAUGAAAAGUCCCUAGUUGACUCUAAUUAUCACAGCUUAAUAUACAGAUUUGGUGGGAAAAUUGUGUGGCUGAUUGAUGAAACAGAUAGCCAAGUGGCAGCAGUUGUUGUUUAUCGAGUUAUUUCAUAUUUUCAUGUACAAAUGAAGUUUCAUAAACUUCCUCCAUUCAAUUGGUAUAGUGAAAAAUACAAUCUUUAUUUGAUACUUGAUUUCUAAACACUUGAUUAUUUUGUUGCUUGUAAUGCAUACUAUAACAAUGUACUCACUAUAAAAUCAUGGUAGGGAUAAGAAUAUGAUGGUUUAUUGGUUAUUAUUUUGCUGUUAUUGUUAGUUUCUUAUUCUUCUCUUAUCCAACUAAUGCUGUUAAGUUUUUAGUGUUGAACCAUGCUUGGUAUCUUGUGUGUGUGUAUAGAACAUUGGAUAGAUGGGUUAUUGGAAUGAAGUGAACUGA